AUUCUUUAUUCUUUAUUCAUCACUCUCUAUAAGUUCUUUCUUUGAGAAUCUUCUUUGUUUAGACAGUGUCUAUUGUUUCGACGUGAACGAUCACUACUAGUACUAUCUACUAUUACCAUUUUUCUUCUCUCUUUGAUUGACCACCUUUCUACUACCACUACUACGUGCUGCGCACUACUCGUUAUAUAGUUAUCGUGACUGAUCGUGAUAUUAUCUUGCGCUGGCGCAAUAAUCUCCCAUCUCGAUACAUACAACAUACACAUACAACACACACACACACACACAUCCUCAUCUUCCUACUAAACAACCACCACACCCCAACCCCAAAACAAAACCACCAAAAUGUACCUCCUCGCCUUCCGCCUCAUCCGACGCAUCUUCUCCAAAUCCAAAAAAUCCAACAAUCAGGACCCCAGCGGAAUCAACCUCGACUACCCACCCCCACCACCAUCCAACAUCCCCCGGCGCCCCCGUCUAAAGCACUACACAGAGCUCUUCCUCCACAUCCUACAAGCCGUCUUCGGUCUAACCACCAUAAUUCUCUACGGGAUCGACAUCCACCACGCACACGAAAAGUCCGAGUCGGCAGAUGCACGCUGGGUGUACGCCAUCGUGACGGGGAUGAUGGGGUGCGGGACGGCGCUGUUCUACCUGGUUAUGAUGCAUUGGGUGUUGAAGACGCGGACGCCGUUGGCGAUGCGGGAGAGGUGGAAUCUGCCGCUGUUUGUGUGGGAGGCGGUGUUGUGCGUGUUUUGGUUGACGCUGUUUGGUAUCUUUGGGAAGUUGUAUAUUGGGGAUUAUGAGGAUAGUAGUGAGGUGACGAGGAUGAGGCGGGCCGUUUGGGUGGAUUUGGUGGAUUUGGUGCUGUGGGUGGCGACGGCGUUGUGGAAGGGGAUGAGGUGGUGGAGGGGGCAGAGGGGGGUGUUUGGGGUUGAUGGGGUGGAGGAGAAGGAGGGGGUUUAG